ACAGGAUCGUGAGUACCAACGGAGAGCGUGAACCAAUGCCAGGCUUUGUACCUUCCAUCCCAACUUCUGGCGGGCAAUGUCUUUGGUACGGUCCGCAAUGGAUCACUUGAAUGAAUGAUUUCUGAAGCCAAAGGCCGGAGGGGUCCAUGUAUACGUAUCCGUAUUCCGUCCGUACUCCAGCCUCCAACACGAGCGUACUGCAGUCGGCAAUUGCGCCGAUGUCCCAAGGAAUUACGGCCUCCGGCAGGCCGGGAGCGGCGCGCAUCCCCGAUGAUGCGCCACCCGGCGAGUCACAACCCUGGAUCUACCCACCGUCCACUCCGCCCUGGAACGACCUCACGGUCCUUCAUCGGAACACCCUGCCGCCGCGAUCCCACUUCUUCGUGUACGGGAACCGUGAUGACGCCCUCUCGCGCGAUGUGUCUCGCGCCAAAGCCCAGCUGCUCUCCGGGACGUGGCUGUUCCAGCUUUCCAAAUCUCCCUUGGAAGGUCACACCGACUUCUACCGGGAGACGACCGACACUCUAGCCGCUCGGUCGUUGAUGUGGGCCGCCGUGCCGCAGACCAUCCGUGUCCCUGGCAUGUGGCAGCUCCAGGGCUACGGGAAAGGCCCGCAUUACACCAACUACAACUUCCCGUUCCCGGUUGACCCUCCCCGCGUGCCCAUCGAUGACAACGAGUGCGGCCGUUAUGCGACCCUUUUCGAGCUCGGUGACCAGGAUAAAGACCACCAGCUGAGGCUGCGCUUCGAGGGCGUGGACUCGGCCUUCACUGUGUGGGUAAACCAUCGCGAGGUCGGCUAUUCCCAGGGGUCCCGGAAUCCCAGCGAGUUCGACAUCACCCCAUAUGUCCGCUGUCCGGGGCCCAACUACUUGCAUGUCGAGGUGUACCAGCGUUGUGAUGGCAGCUACAUCGAGGACCAGGAUCAAUGGUGGCUAAGUGGCAUCUUCCGUGAUGUGUGGCUGCACAAGUUCCCGAAAACCCACUUUUCGGACAUCAAAAUCCUGCCAGUUCUAGACGACGACUACCUAGAUGCCCGGUUGCAUGUGAAUCUCGAAGUCAACUCUCCCGCCACCGUCGCAAUAUCUCUCUUGGACGCGGACGGGGCCGAGGUCGCCACCCUGCCCAUCGACGCGGAGCGAGCCGGCAUGCUUACGGCCAAGUUACCCGUCAAGAACCCGCAUAAAUGGACGGCCGAGACGCCGUACCUGUACCAGCUGGUGGUCAGCAUGCCGGGCUGCGUCCUGGCCGAGAGAGUGGGCUUCCGGCGCAUCGAGCUGAUCGACGGCGUGUUCUCCGUGAACGGCAGAGCCGUCAAGUUGAGGGGCGUCAACAGACACGAGCACCACCCGGACCAUGGACGCGCAGUCCCCUACGACUUUCUCAAGGCGGACUUGAUCGGCAUGAAGCUGCACAACAUCAACGCCGUCAGGACGUCGCAUUACAUCAACGACCCCAGGCUCUACGAGCUCGCUGAUGAGCUAGGUCUGUGGAUCCUGGAUGAAUGCGACCUCGAGUGCCACGGACUGUUCGUGGUGGGAGGCAAUGGGAGUGGCUUCGCGUCUGACAAUCCCGACUGGGAGGCGGCCUACAUCGACCGCGCCCGGCAGAUGGUGCAUCGCGACUUCAACCGCCCCAGCGUGAUCAUCUGGUCUCUCGGCAACGAAUCCGGCUACGGACGGAACCAUGCGGCCAUGUACAGAUUCAUCAAGGCCUUCGAUCCUAGCCGCCCGAUUCACUACGAGGGCGACCGGAAUGCGCAGACUGCGGAUAUCCUGAGCAGGAUGUACCACUCCAUCGGCGAUACGGAGGCCUACGCCAAGGAUAGGAACUGGACGAAGCCGCUCGUGUUGUGCGAGUACGCCCAUGCCAUGGGCAACGGCCCGGGCGCGAUCCAGGAGUACAUCGAUCUCUUUUACAAGUAUCCGCGCUUGAUGGGCGGUUUCGUGUGGGAGUGGGCAAACCAUGGCCUGAGGACGAAAACCAAGGACGGCAUCCCGUACAUGGGCUACGGCGGGGAUUUCGGCGAUGAGCCCAACGACUACAACUUCGUCUUGGACGGGCUGUGUCGUUCGGAUCACAGUCCCGGCCGUGGUCUCCUCGAGUACAGCAAGGCCAUCCAGCCCGUCCAGAUUCUCGGCCUCGAGGACGGCAACAAAGUGCGGAUCGUGAAUCGGUACGACUUUGUUACUCUCGAUCGUCUAACAUGCCGGUAUAUGCUUAUGGAUGCUUUUGGGGUUAAUAUAACGUCGCCCGCCACUGUGCGAAUCCCUAGCAACAUUGAGCCACAUACCGAAGCUCUCCUAGACAUCCCCGCGCUUAAGCCUCCCUACACGGGGUUCGCCUACCUAAUCCUGUCCUUUGAGCUCUCGGAGGCGACGGGAUGCUGCACAGCGGGCUGGCGUGUUGCAACCGCUCAGAUCCAGUUGCAGAGCCAGAUCGAGUUGCAGACGCUUGAGAACUACCAACCGGCCCCGAGCAUGGCUAUCGUUCCUAGCGAUCCUGCACGUACGCCUUCCGUGCACCUAGUAGGAGUGCUCCAAAGGAAGACAACGUUGUUGAUCAAGUCCAAACACGCAGAGUUUUGGACGUUCGACCUCGCCCGCGGCGCUCUCGUCGGCUGGACACGCCCCGUACCCGACCCGGUCGCGCUCAAAGGUCGCCGCAACGUCCUCACCGAGCCACUUCUCUUCGACAUCUACCGCGCGCAGACCGACAACGAUCGCGGGUGCGACUUUGGCAGAAACUGGCGGGACCGUCGUCUCCAUCAGGCGAAGCAGCAUCUGAUCCAGUCGUCCUGGCGGCAAGGGGCCGACGGCACCGUCGAAGUCGUCGUCAAGAGCCGCAUCGCUCCGCCCGUGCUGAACUGGGCACUCGAGAUCACGGCGACCUACCACUUCAACGGCUCGUCUGUCUCCAUCCGAGCCCACGCCAAACCAACCGGCAACCUGCUCCCCCGAGCAUGGGGUCGCUUGGGUCUCGUCACGGCUGUUUCCGGCUGCGAGCUUGUCCGCUAUCUCGGGCGCGGACCCGACGAGAGCUACCGCGACAAGAAGCUCAGCCAGAUGGUGGCCAAGUGGGAAGCGCCGGUCGACAGGCUCAUCAAAACAGAGUACGAGUACCCGCAGGAGUUUGGGAAUAGGACGGAUGUGCAGUGGGUCGAGCUACUGUCCGCCAGGGAUAAUAUCAAGCAUAACCGCUGGCGGCUGUUGCGGGCGAGAUAUGGCGCUCUGGAGGGCGCCAGUUUCUCGGUGCUGCCCUACUCUGCCCGCGACUUGGACGAGGCUCAGCAUCCGUAUGAGCUCCAUGCCCGCAGGAGGGAGGACCGGGUUCUGCAUCUGGACUGGAUGCAUCACGGCUUGGGGACGGGAUCGUGUGGGCCCGAGACGCUGCCGCAGUACACGUUGGAUGCGUCGAAGGAGUAUGAUGUGGAAAUUGUGCUGGAUUAGGUUAAGGGGGAGGGAGGGUUGUUCUGUCUGGGACGGGGCAAUACUAGUAUCCCACUACUACUGAUUUGUCGUUCCGUUUUUAGUGUAUUGAUAAACACAGGCUAGAAAGUCGAGGCCGGCGAACUAUUAGCUAUGUUCUUACGUUCCAGUUCCUUUCAUCCCCAUUUCCAUCCCCAGCCGUGAAGCAGUGAAGCAGGUGUGGUAUAUAAGGCCACUGGUGGGAUGGGCUUGCUCGUUCGGGAUCAAAGCCGACUGCGUCCUGGUUCUCCAUCAUGUCUUCUUUGCCAAUCAAAAACCUCCGUUCUACGCAACAUCAGAUCCACGGCGACCAUA